AUGGGGGAGUGGGAGUUUGUUCAGAGGGACUGGGCAGUGCCUGUGGCUCAGUCACACUUGGCAUUGCCUUCAUGAAGGUCAAAUCUUCUGGCUCCUGCCGGGAGGCCAGGACAGAUGACUGGUGCUGGAGGACUGGCUUUUGGAGACGUACUAGGGCUUGUCUGGCCUCUGCCUCCCUUUCUUCCCACGUUUAGAGGUUCUUUAAGGUUGGAUCUAAUACCCGUCUGCCUUCCGGGGGCUGUGGAGCACAGAACAGGGGCUCAAGAAAUCUUUGUGAGUUCUUCCUGGAACUCAACCAGAGGCUUUUGUACUCCAUCCCUUGGGCACACCCAGUAGGAACCAAUUUCCUUUGCAAACUUUGAGUGGCCUUUCUGCAUUGUGGGGGCUCCUGAGGAUUCCCUCAGUAGCUCAGAACUAGGGUUGGUGGCUGGGCUUAGGUUGCUGCCUGGCUUGGCCUGGACCUCCCUUAUAGUAGUUGGAGGGGAGGAAUUAGCCUGAUUCCUGACUCCUCCAGAGAGGGGAGAUGAUUCUAGGUUUUCACAUGUGGACACUGAGGCACAGGUUAAUGCUCAGAGACCUCAUAGGGAGUCAGGUGGGAUAGAUGUGGGGCCCUAGAGCUCCCGCACACCAUCUCUCCAUCCCAUGACUCAUUUCAUUCAGUCACUCAUUCAGUCAUUCGACCAUCCUUUUGUAGGUGCCGGCCCUGGGCCAGGCAUGGUGCUAGGCAAAACCAGCCCUUGGCCUCCUCUGAGCUGCAGUCUGGGAGGAGAGACAGACAGGAAAGCACUGACACAGUGGCCAGCAUAAUAAUAGAAAUGCUGCAGAGGCAGCCCAAAGGAAGGUGGUGUUAGCACCGAGUGGGUAUGUAGUGGGGGGUCAGUGCGUGUUUCCUAGAAGAGGAAGGACUAGAAGAAUCAGCGACAGGGAGUCCAGAGGCCCGAGUUCUGGUCCUGGCUCUGUCUCGGGCACGUGACUGGGCUGCCCAGCCUCAGGAGGCAGCUUCAAUGGAGCGAAAGGAAUGCCAGGACCCUGCCCAGACAGACAUGGGCCAGCCUCAGCACCAAGAGCCAGCACACAGAUAGCAGAGCCAUCGCGGGAUUGAACCAUGAUUCCGGUGACAGAGCUCCGCUACUUUGCGGACACGCAGCCCGCCUACCGGAUCCUGAAGCCGUGGUGGGAUGUGUUCACUGACUACAUCUCCAUCGUCAUGCUGAUGAUUGCAGUCUUUGGAGGCACGCUGCAGGUCACCCAGGACAAGAUGAUCUGCCUGCCUUGUAAGUGGGUCACCAAGGACUCCUGUAACGACUCGUUCCGGGGCUGGGCUGCUUCUGGCCCAGAGCCCACGUACCCAAACUCCACGAUCCUGCCACCCCCUGAGGCAGGCCCCACGGGCAUCAAGUACGACCUGGACCGGCACCAGUACAAUUAUGUGGAUGCCGUGUGCUAUGAGAACCGCCUGCACUGGUUUGCCAAGUACUUCCCCUACCUGGUGCUUCUGCACACGCUCAUCUUCCUGGCCUGCAGCAACUUCUGGUUUAAGUUCCCACGCACCAGCUCGAAGCUGGAGCACUUUGUGUCUAUCCUGCUCAAGUGCUUUGACUCCCCUUGGACCACGCGGGCCCUGUCAGAGACAGUGGUAGAGGAGAGUGACCCCAAGCCGGCCUUCAGCAAGAUGAAUGGCUCCAUGGACAAGAAGUCAUCGACGGUCAGCGAGGACGUGGAGGCCACUGUGCCCAUGCUGCAGCGGACCAAGUCCCGUAUCGAGCAGGGCAUCGUGGACCGCUCGGAGACAGGUGUGCUGGAUAAGAAGGAGGGGGAGCAGGCCAAGGCACUGUUUGAGAAGGUGAAGAAGUUUCGGACCCACGUGGAGGAGGGGGACAUCGUGUACCGUCUCUACAUGCGGCAGACCAUCAUCAAGGUGAUCAAGUUCAUCCUCAUCAUCUGCUACACCGUCUACUACGUGCACAACAUCAAGUUCGACGUGGACUGCACCGUGGACAUAGAGAGCCUGACAGGCUACCGCACCUACCGGUGCGCCCACCCACUGGCCACUCUCUUCAAGAUCCUGGCGUCCUUCUACAUCAGCCUGGUCAUCUUCUACGGCCUCAUCUGCAUGUACACGCUGUGGUGGAUGCUGCGGCGCUCGCUCAAGAAGUACUCGUUCGAGUCGAUCCGGGAGGAGAGCAGCUACAGUGACAUCCCUGACGUCAAGAACGACUUCGCCUUCAUGCUGCAUCUCAUCGACCAGUACGACCCACUCUACUCAAAGCGCUUUGCCGUCUUCCUGUCAGAGGUGAGUGAGAACAAGCUGCGGCAGCUGAACCUGAACAACGAGUGGACACUGGACAAGCUGCGGCAGCGGCUCACCAAGAACGCACAGGACAAGCUGGAGCUGCACCUGUUCAUGCUCAGCGGCAUCCCCGACACUGUGUUUGACCUGGUGGAGCUGGAGGUUCUGAAGCUGGAGCUGAUCCCCGACGUGACCAUCCCACCCAGCAUCGCCCAGCUCACGGGCCUCAAGGAGCUGUGGCUGUACCACACGGCGGCCAAGAUCGAGGCGCCCGCCCUGGCCUUCCUGCGCGAGAACCUGCGCGCACUGCACAUCAAGUUCACGGACAUCAAGGAGAUCCCGCUGUGGAUCUACAGCCUGAAGACCUUGGAGGAACUGCACCUGACAGGCAACCUGAGCGCGGAGAACAACCGCUACAUUGUGAUUGACGGGCUGCGCGAGCUCAAGCGCCUCAAGGUGCUGCGGCUCAAGAGCAACCUGAGCAAGCUGCCGCAGGUGGUCACCGACGUGGGCGUGCACCUGCAGAAGCUGUCCAUCAACAACGAGGGCACCAAGCUCAUCGUCCUCAACAGCCUCAAGAAGAUGGUGAAUCUGACCGAGCUGGAGCUGAUCCGCUGUGACCUGGAGCGCAUCCCCCACUCCAUCUUCAGCCUCCACAACCUGCAGGAGAUCGACCUCAAGGACAACAACCUCAAGACCAUCGAGGAGAUCAUCAGCUUCCAGCACCUGCACCGUCUAACCUGCCUUAAGCUGUGGUACAACCACAUCGCCUACAUCCCCAUCCAGAUCGGCAACCUCACCAACCUUGAGCGCCUCUAUCUGAACCGCAACAAGAUUGAGAAGAUCCCCACCCAGCUCUUCUACUGCCGCAAGCUGCGCUACCUGGACCUCAGCCACAACAACCUCACCCUCCUCCCCGCCGACAUUGGCCUCCUGCAGAACCUCCAGAAUCUGGCUGUCACGGCCAACCGGGUAAGGUGCCUGGCAGAGGCCCAGUGCCUCUGGGAAGACUGCUUCCCCUGCGUUUGGAGUCCUCACCUGCAGUCCCCAGAGCCUCCCAGGAGGAGCUUUAAACACACAGACUCCUGGGCCCCACUCCAGACCUGCUGUGUAGGGAUCUCUGGGGCUGGGAGCCUGUCCUUGCCAGUGAAUGCUGCAGAGGUCUCCUGCUAGGAGGGUUGGUGUGGG